AUGGAGGUUGCUCCAAUAGAGCCCGUGGAUUGUAGUGCAGCAAAUGUGCAUCUGAAGAACCAGUGCACUCCCGAGGACCGGCAGCGAAUCAAUGUAGGAUGGUUUACGGGCCCUGCAGACGCCAAGGAGGAGUACGACCACAAAAUCGCAGUGUACAGUCAACGUUUAGGAUGCCAGAUGUAUAAUUUCGUGAGCUAUCCUAUUGGGGGAGUAAAGCGUGGUUUCUGGAAGCCGAACAGCACAUCAGCUAUUCCUCCUCCAAUCGAUUUGCCUGAUGUGCAGCUACAAAACCAUUUAUGGGAAACUUACGUCAAUGCUCAAAUUUCCUCAUGGAUCGACUGUGAUUCCCAAAACGACGAGCUGGCUGCAUUGUCCGAGAUUGAAUUGCAAAAGGAACUCAAUUACUGCGCCUAUAUGGGCCUCCGCAGUGCUGUUUUUCGGCUGAAGCAUGCCGAUUCCCCUCGUUUAGCUCGCAUUCUCAAUCAGUGGCUGUGGACCAGAAACGUGAAUUUGGGCUUGUGGAUACUCGUUCCGACUUCUGUUGAUUACCUGGAACGGUCGCCGUCCGACAAGAGAGAUUGUUGGACAGUUUGGGCCGACUUCAGGAAACUUUGUUCGAAUUUUUCUAGUCAAAAGCUCAUAGCCGGUCUACACCUGUCGGCUGAUAUUGACUACGAAUUUGUAGACAAAAAGCUCGUUGCUCGCUGGAAAGCGGAGCCACUGGCAACCUUCUGCGUCGAUGUUGACGCUUUCGUUAGUUGCAAGGAUUCUCAGGACUUGUGCCUUCCGCCAGCACAUGCGAGCCUUUUGGUUGAUCUAUGGAUGUCAGACAAUGUUCGGAUAAUGGUUCGAGGUUCACUAGAUCAUGACACAUCGCCUCCAGUGCAACUUCAGUGUGCUCAGGCUCUCCGAAGUGUUGUUCGUGAUGUGAGUGCUCGCUCAUCUGGUCUCGUGACUUCAGGAUUUCUUGUUGAUUCUAAUGUCAAUUACGUUGACGUUUUGCAGGUGCCCUUACAACCGCUAGCUGACAAUUUGGAUUCCUGUGUUUAUAACACCUUUGAACAAGAUCCGGUCAAAUAUAGACGGUAUCGCGAAGCUGUAGAGCAAGCCAUAUGUGAUUACGGAGAAUCGGCCGCACGACCAGAGCAACUUGUUCUAUACGUACUGGGAGCUGGACGAGGUCCAUUGGUUACAUGCUCGAUUGAAGCGGAGCGGAAUUACAACGCUCGGUUUCGAUGUAAGCGGGAUCGACUCCGCUUAGAGAUCUACGUCGUAGAAAAGAAUGCGAAUGCUAUCGUCACACUAAAGUAUAUGAAUCAGAAUGUAUGGCGAAAUCGCUGUAUUAUCAUAGAGGCGGAUAUGCGAGAUGUGCCAUCAAUAGCAACAGAAAAUGGAUAUUCCAAGCCAGAUAUCAUUGUUUCUGAAUUGCUUGGUUCUUUCGGAGACAAUGAGCUGAGUCCGGAGUGCUUGGACGGUAUUACACCAUUGCUGAAACCAUCGACAAUUAGCAUCCCUCAGAAAUACACGAGUUAUGUUGCGCCGAUUAUGUCUCUUUAUAUGCAUCAGCAGAUUAGACUCUGUGGAGCAAGUUAUUGGAAUCGCGGGUUUCCAGGACAUGGUCGAAUAGGACCGGAACUUCAGUUUGAUGGCAGUUAUCGACAAAAUUAUCCGCAAGGUGAGCAUGUCGCGAAUAUGGAUCAGAUAUAUGUGGCGUUUUUGCGACAAUAUUGUGCUCUUGCUGAUCCGAAACCAGUGUUCACAUUCGUUCAUCCCAACUUCGAGAACCUGUCAAAUGAACGAUCGACCAGUAUAUCUUUUGAGAUAGACCGCCCAGCUGAUCUAAUGGGAUUUGCUGGUUACUUCCACAUGAACUUGUAUAAGGAUAUAACGUUGUCUAUUGUGCCAUCAACCUAUUCGGACGACAUGAUCAGCUGGUUUCCUGCACUAAUACCUCUUAGAGAACUGUAUCGAGUUCUGCCGGCAGAAAAGGUCACCCUCAACAUAGAGCGAAAAGUUGACGACAGCGGCGUGUGGUAUGAAUGGUUCAUACAUCAUACGGUAAUUUUUCUAGUUAUCGUCGGAUAUUCUCUG